CCUCGAAAGGCAACAGAUAACACCUCUCCAGGCAAACUGCCGGGAGGUCGGCGGGAAAGGGGCAAGACGGGAGUAGGGAAAGGAAAGGAGCCAGGAAGCCGCGCAGGAGGGCGCGCGCGCGCGCCCCUUUUUCAGCAGUGUGGCGGGGUCGCACGCACGCCCGCCUCGGCGGCUGGGCGCAGUUUGCGACAGUGGGGGGAGCGGUGGAGGUGGCGGCGGCAGUGGCAACUUUGCGGCAAGCUCCGGCCGGGCUUGCUUGACGGCGGUGUGGCGGAGGCCCCGCCCUAGGCGGCAGGAACCUGGAGGGAGGCGGAGGAAUAUGUCCGAGAGGGAAGUGUCGACAGCGCCGGCGGGAACAGACAUGCCUGCGGCCAAGAAGCAGAAACUGAGCAGCGACGAGAACAGCAACCCGGACCUCUCUGGAGACGAGAAUGACGAUGCUGUCAGUAUAGAAAGUGGUACAAACACUGAACGCCCUGAUACACCUACAAAUACGCCAAAUGCACCUGGAAGGAAAAGUUGGGGGAAGGGAAAAUGGAAGUCAAAGAAAUGCAAAUAUUCUUUCAAAUGUGUAAAUAGUCUCAAGGAAGAUCAUAAUCAACCAUUGUUUGGCGUUCAGUUUAACUGGCACAGUAAAGAAGGAGAUCCAUUAGUGUUUGCAACUGUAGGAAGCAACAGAGUUACCUUAUAUGAAUGUCACUCACAAGGAGAAAUCCGGUUGUUACAAUCUUAUGUGGAUGCUGAUGCUGAUGAAAACUUUUACACUUGUGCAUGGACCUAUGAUAGCAAUACAAGCCAUCCUCUCCUAGCUGUGGCUGGAUCUAGAGGCAUAAUUAGAAUAAUUAAUCCCAUAACAAUGCAGUGCAUAAAGCACUAUGUUGGCCAUGGAAAUGCUAUCAAUGAGCUGAAAUUCCACCCAAGAGAUCCAAAUCUUCUCUUGUCAGUAAGUAAAGAUCAUGCUUUACGGUUAUGGAAUAUUCAGACGGACACUCUAGUGGCAAUAUUUGGAGGCGUAGAAGGUCACAGAGACGAAGUUCUAAGUGCUGAUUAUGAUCUUUUGGGUGAAAAAAUAAUGUCCUGUGGUAUGGAUCACUCUCUUAAACUUUGGAGGAUCAAUUCAAAGAGAAUGAUGAAUGCAAUUAAGGAAUCUUAUGAUUAUAACCCAAAUAAGACUAACAGGCCAUUUAUUUCUCAGAAAAUUCACUUUCCUGACUUUUCUACCAGAGACAUACAUAGGAAUUAUGUCGAUUGUGUGCGAUGGUUAGGUGAUUUGAUACUUUCCAAGAGUGGCCGUGCCAUUUUACAUUCCCACCAGCAAUGUAUGAAAGAUCCAGUGUCUCCGAAUCUUCGCCGGCAUUUGUCUUGUGAAAAUGCCAUCGUGUGCUGGAAACCUGGCAAAAUGGAAGAUGAUAUAGAUAAAAUUAAACCCAGUGAGUCUAAUGUGACUAUUCUUGGGCGAUUUGAUUACAGCCAAUGUGACAUUUGGUACAUGAGGUUUUCUAUGGAUUUCUGGCAAAAGAUGCUUGCAUUGGGCAAUCAGGUUGGCAAACUUUAUGUUUGGGAUUUAGAAGUAGAAGAUCCUCAUAAAGCCAAAUGUACAACAUUGACUCAUCAUAAAUGUGGUGCUGCUAUCCGACAAACCAGUUUUAGCAGGGAUAGCAGCAUUCUUAUAGCUGUGUGUGAUGAUGCCAGUAUUUGGCGCUGGGACCGACUUCGAUAAAAUACUUUUCCUAAUCAAAAUUAGAGUGUGUUUUCUCUGUACAAUAGAAUUAAUGUAUCUUGCUAGUAAGGGCACAUAGAGCAUUUAGAGUUGUCUUUCAGCGUUCAAUCAGGCUGAGCUGAAUGUAGUGAUGUUUACAUUGUUUACACUCUUUGUACUGUCUCCUGCUCAGACUCUACUGCUUUUAAUAAAAAUUUAUUUUUGUAAA